CCUAAACGCCUGCUCGGUACAUAUUUAGCCUCUCACAUGAGAAGGCGAGGAUCAGUCCUCGACGUUCCCCUGUAGCAGCGGUUCUUCUUUCCAUCAACACUGCUUGCCCAGCUGUCACUUUGCACACAUUACACUUUAAGUUGUUCUUUCGAGUGAUUCAAAGAUGCAAAGAUGGGCAGGUCGCCUGGCCCUGGUGACGGGAGCCAGUGCCGGCAUCGGUGCCAAUUUAGCUCAAAGACUGGUGACCGAGGGCAUGCGGGUUGUGGGCGCUGCUCGCAACGUGGAAACACUACAGGUCAUGGCGGACAAACUUAAGGAUCAGCCAGGGUCGCUAGUCCCAAUGCAGUGUGAUCUUACAAAGGAUGACCAGGUGCUCGACAUGUUCGCGCGGAUCAAACAGGACCUCGGAGGCAUCGACGUCCUCAUCAACAACGCGGCGAUGUCUAUUUUCAAUUCAGGUUUACUAGAAAGCACUGCUGAAGACUGGCGAAAAAUGCUUGAUCUUAACGUGGUCGCCCUGUGCUUGUGCACGCGGGAGGCCGUGGCAUCAAUGCAAGAACACGGUACUGACGACGGGCACAUCAUACACAUGAACAGCAUCUCCGGCCAUCUAGUGUACCCUUUCCUUCGUAACCACCUUUACUCAAUAACAAAGCACAUGGUCACCGCUCACACUGAGGCGGUGCGUCAAGCGCUGAGGAAAGGCAACACCAACAUUAAGAUAUCAGCCAUCAGUCCUGGUAUGGUUGCCACCGACUUCGGCUUCAGAUCAGGCAUGAGGAAGGAGGAAUCAGAAAAAAUGAUCCAAGAGAGGGCUUGCUUGCAACCAGAGGACGUCACAGAAUCUGUCAUCCACAUCCUGUCCAGGCCGCCACACGUGCAGAUCCAUGACCUCAUAAUGCGGCCGACAAAGGAAAAACAUUGAGAGGUGUCGACAUUGUGCUAGACUGAAGUGCUGACCGGCUGGCUGGAAGGUUUACUGAUUUAAACACACACACACACACACACACACACACACACACACACACACGUUGCAAGAAUAAAUUGUUUACUUGUAUAUUAAGUAAUAAACUAACUUUAUACUGUUGUAAAAUAUACUUAAUUACUGUGUUGAAAAUUGGGUGAGGCACUGGCAUGUAUGGAAGGUGUAGAGGAUAGGUUUAAGAAAUUGUUCCUUUACCUGAUAGUGAAUAUGUAAAAUCUUUCAAAAUUGCAUUGCGAAUUAAUGGAAAAGUUUUGCGAGAUGGCAAGAAAAAAAAGUUUGGCUUACAUUAUGAAGAUAGUUGAACGUGCUUCAUAACACAAAGGAAAUAGGUUUGGAAUCUGUUACCUAAUUCCUUGAAACGCUCAUGGAUACUAAAGGCUCGAAAGCUUGUUGGCUAAAAGAACAGUGUACGAAUACACUGAGAGUGACUUACAAAGUAACUCACUAAACUUGCAACUCAGUGUUGUGAGCAAGAAUCCCGGAAGUGAAAUUGUCAAGGGUGCAUUAAAUUAAAUAAAAUUAAUUCAAGAACAGCAAAAUGUUAUAUCUCAAUAUCUUAUAAGCACACUGUUAGGUUAGACUGGGUUAGUUAGCAUCAGCAUCAAAAUGUUAAAGGAUAGUGCUGGUACUAUGGUGUAGAAGGGCAUGACAUUUAUGACUAUGCUUUUAAUCUAUAUAACCCAGAUAAGUUCACGUGCCUAAAAACAAUGUAACCUGGUUUGAAUAUGUAAAUGUGGACCAUCUUUCAAAGCAGAGUACACUCUCAGAUGCUACUUGUGAUGGAACUUCGGGCGAACAAGUGUCGGGAGCUAGACAUCCUCCGAAAGCAUUGGAUAAUUCCAUUUGAAAGGUUUUAUUCUCCAAUAUACGGUAGAAAAUUACCACAACUGUAAGAUAUAUUUAUUAACAAAA